UAUAUAAAAAUAUUCUUGAGUGUGAUUGGUCACGCUUACAAUAGCAAUUUCGAUUCGAGUAGCCUAGGUUAAAAACAACAAUUUGUUACCAUAGAGGAACUGACUAAAUAUCAACGCAAUUAUUAGCGACGCAUAUAUUAGGAUCUCAAUUGCGUAAUAGAAAUAUUACGGUUGUACUGUCAAGUCGUAUAACGUAUAUCCCAAACAAACACUUGAAGUUUUAGACGUCAAACUUUCAAAUUCACGUUAAGGAAGAAUAAAACGCAGAAGUCAUGUCGGAGGAGGAUUCAGAAACUUCGCAAGAAAUAACAUCCAAGAAAGUAUUUCAAACAAAGAAUGUAUUUGGGGAUAGUCCAACGGUCACCUACUAUGAUUAUAAAAUACGAUUUCCUCAUUCUAUGGAUGCACAAAUCAGAAGGCUCAAACAAUCGCUGGAGCCCUUGAAGGAAUUGGUUGUUCAAGCAAACAGUGUACUUCUGUGGGAAAAAGACUGGCAUUCAUCUGCAAUAGUCGGAGCCACCACAGCCUUUUUUACAUUCACUUGGCUGUGUGAUCCGAGUUUUUUAACGAUGCUUUCCCUGCUUGGAAUUUUCAUCACAUUGGCCGACUACACUCUACCAUUAAUUGUUAAUUCAUUGUUCAAGAAUGAACAUUGGUCUGCUCACAAGCAAAAGAAGUUCGAUGAGUUCUGUACCAAUGUUAUUUUGUACAAAACCAAGACUGAACUAUCAAUAACCACCUUUUAUAAGAUGAGAGUCAACAAUCCAAAAAUGUACUUCAGUUUGUCAUUGGCGACGUUAUCCUUGCUGGCCUACGUCGGAAGCACCAUAAACAAUUUCUUUUUGAUGUAUUUGUUCACCUCUGUCAUCUUGUUGUUCCCAGGUAUGGUCCACAGUGGAUGGUUGAAUAAUGUCACAGAACAAUUUGAGAAGAUUUUCAGACAUUUGAUUGAGAAUGCCAAAUCAAAAGUAAACCGAAAUAAAAAAGAAGAAUGAUCAAAUUCUAAUUCAAUAAAAAUUUCAAGUUUAA